GUAUAAAUAGGACCUCUAUGGUUGCCCGAAUGCAAAUAUGACAUAACAAACAAUAAUAUUCUACGUAGUACUUCAUAGAAUUAUCUAUCUAAGAUGAUGAUGAAAAAAAUGGGGGCUUGGAUGUUGCUAGCAUUAUUGACUUUGGUUGGCGACUGGUGUGGUCGUUGUUAUGGGUGUUUGGAGGAAGAGAGAAUUGGUCUCUUAGAGAUCAAAGCUUUGACCAAUCCAAACAGCUUUUACAUGGGAGAUUGGGUGGAGUACAGUAGUAAUUGUUGUGAGUGGUAUGGGAUCGAGUGUGAUAACACUACAAGGCGAGUGAUCCGACUCUCUCUUUGGGAUGCAAGGGAUCAGAGUUUGGGGGAUUGGAUUCUCAACGCCUCUUUGUUUAUGCCUUUUAAGGAACUGCAAAGUCUUGAUUUGUCCGGUAAUGGACUGGUUGGUUGCUCUGAGAAUCAAGGCUUCGAAGUCCUAUCAUCAAAACUGAGGAAACUGGAGGAACUUGACCUAAGUCUGAACCGAUUUAAUAAUGAUAAAGGCAUUUUAUCAUGCUUCAAUGGGCUUUCCGCUCUCAAGUCUUUGGACCUAUCAGACAAUGAGGUGACAGGAUCAGGUCUCAAAGUCUUGUCAUCAAGGUUGAAAAAGCUGGAGAACCUUGACCUAAGAGGGAAUCAGUGCAACGAUAGCAUUUUUUCAUCUCUAACUGGGUUUUCAUCCCUCAAGUAUUUAAAUCUGUCAGACAAUCAGCUGACAGGAUCAUCUACUGGUAUCAAUAGUUUUCAAGUACUAGCUUCAGGGUUGAGGAAUUUGGAGGAACUUCAUCUCAGUUACAAUAAAUUUAACGACAAUAUUUUAUCAUCUCUCAGUGGAUUUUCAACUCUCAAAUCUCUAUAUCUAUCAAGCAACACGUUCACAGGAUCAACUGGUCUUAAUGGUUUAAGGAAUUUGGAGGAACUUGAUCUCAGUUACAAUAAAUUUAACGACAGCAUUUUAUCAUCUCUCAGUAGAUUUUCAACUCUCAAAUCUCUAUAUCUAUCAGGCAACAUGUUCACAGGAUCAACUGGUCUUAAUGGUUUAAGGAAUUUGGAGGAACUUGAUCUCAGUUACAAUAAAUUUAACGAAAGCAUUUUAUCAUCUCUCAAUGGAUUUUCAACUCUCAAAUCUCUAUAUCUAUCAGGCAACAUGUUCACAGGAUCAACUGGUCUCAAUGGUUUAAGGAAUUUGGAGGAACUUGAUCUCAGUUACAAUAAAUUGAACGACAGCAUUUUAUCAUCUCUCAGUGGAUUUUCAACUCUCAAAUCUCUAGAUCUAUCAGACAAUAGGUUCACAGGAUCAACUGGUCUCAAUGGCUUAAGGAAUUUAGAAACCUUGAAUCUGUAUUCAAAUGACUUCAAGGAAAGCAUUUUGAUAGAGUCAUUGGGAGCGUUGCCAUCCCUCAAGACCUUAGAUGCAAGUUUUAGUAGUUUUAAACACGUUGGGAAAGGGUUGUGUAAUUCGUCUAGCCUUGAAGAAGUGUUCCUCGAUUAUUCUUCUCUCCCAGCAAGCUUUCUUAGGAACAUUGGACCCUUGUCUACUCUUAAAGUCCUAUCCUUGACCGAAGUUGACUUCAAUAGCACCCUACCUGCUGAAGGCUGGUGUGAAUUGAAGAAUCUUAAACAGCUAUUUCUCUCAGGAAACAAUCUAAAGGGCGUACUCCCUCCUUGUUUGGGAAAUCUAUCAUCUCUACAAUCCUUGGAUUUAUCUGACAAUCAAUUGGAGGGAAAUAUUGCCUUUAGUCACCUUUCCCAUCUUACGCAGCUUGAACACCUCUUAGUUUCAAAUAACUACUUUCAAGUUCCAAUAUCAUUUGGUUCAUUUAUGAACCUCUCCAACCUCAAGGUCAUUGCAUGCGAUAACAAUGAGCUAAUAGCUGCACCCAGUUUUCAGCCUUCAGCUCCCAAGUUCCAGCUUCUUUACUUUAGUGCUUCAAACUGUACUUCAAAACCACUCGAGGCUGGAUUUCCAAACUUCCUCCAGAGCCAACAUGAUCUGGUGUUAGUUGAUCUAUCCCACAACAAAUUCGUUGGAGAACCUUUCCCAUCUUGGCUGUUUGAGAAUAAUACAAAGUUAAAUCGACUAUAUUUGAGAGACACCUCAUUUAUAGGUCCUUUGCAGCUGCCACAACAUCCAACACCCAACCUUCAGACAGUAGAUAUGUCUGGCAACAACAUACAUGGUCAAGUUGCAAGAAACAUAUGUUCGAUUUUUCCACGUUUGAAGAACUUCAUGAUGGCUAACAACAGCCUCACAGGUUGCAUUCCUCCUUGUUUUGGGAAUAUGAGCUCUCUCGAAUACUUGGAUCUUUCCAACAAUCAGAUGUCUUGUGAACUGCUUGAGCAUACUUUUCCAACAGUAGGCUCCUCGUUGUGGUUCUUAAAGUUGUCCAAUAACAAUUUCAAAGGGCGAUUACCACUCUCUGUGUUCAACAUGACUGGCCUACGUUACCUCUUGCUCGAUGGAAACAAAUUUGCUGGACAAGUAUCUGGUACCUUUUCUCUUGCAUCAUCAUUUUUGUGGUUUGAUAUCAGUAACAAUAUUCUGUCAGGCAUACUUCCAAGGGGAAUAGGGAACUCUUCAAAAAACCAACUUGAUGGAAUUGAUUUGUCCAGAAAUCAUUUUGAAGGUACCAUUCCAAUAGAAUAUUUCAAUUCUUCUUGGCUUGAAUUUUUAGAUCUUUCUGAAAACAAUCUGUCUGGGUCAUUACCGUUGGGCUUCAAUGCAUUAGAUUUACGCUAUGUCCACCUAUACGGAAAUAGAUUGAGCGGUCCACUGCCAUAUGAUUUUUAUAAUCUCUCUUCGUUGGCGACAUUAGAUCUCGGCGAUAACAACUUAACUGGGCCCAUUCCAAAUUGGAUUGAUAGCCUUUCGGAAUUGAGCAUUUUUGUUCUCAAAUCUAAUCAAUUCAAUGGGAAACUUCCUCAUCAGUUAUGCUCGUUAAGGAAAUUAAGCAUAUUGGAUCUUUCAGAAAAUAAUUUUUCUGGUCUGUUACCCUCAUGUUUGAGAAAUUUAAAUUUUACGGCAUCGGAUGAAAAAACUUUAGAUGCCCCUCGUACGGGAUCGGAUUAUGGAAGCGGGGAAGAAAUAUAUACAUCCAGAGGGGGGGGAGGAUCUUCUCUUGAUGGCAAUAUUUUGUGGGCAGAGAUCAGUGUAAAAAUAUCUGUAGAGCUUACAGCAAAGAAAAAUUUCUACACUUACGAAGGCGAUAUCCUUCGUUACAUGUCUGUUAUGGAUCUUUCUUGUAACAGAUUCAAUGGAGAAAUUCCGACAGAAUGGGGAAACUUAAGUGGGAUAUAUUCUCUAAAUCUGUCACAAAAUAAUCUCACUGGAUUGAUCCCUUCAUCCUUCUUCAAUCUGAAGCAGAUAGAGAGCUUGGAUCUUUCUCACAACAAUUUGAAUGGGAGAAUUCCUGCACAACUCGUUGAACUGACCUUUCUAGAAGUUUUCAACGUGUCGUACAAUAAUUUGUCAGGAAGAACACCGGAGAUGAAAAAUCAAUUUGCUACCUUUGAUGAGAGCAGUUAUAAAGGGAAUCCUCUUCUUUGUGGACCUCCAUUGCAAAACAGUUGCGACAAAACAGAAUCGCCAUCCGCGAGAGUGCCUAGCGAUUCCAAUAAUGGAGAUGGUGGCUUCAUGGACAUGGACAGUUUCUAUGUGAGCUUUGGUGUGUGUUACAUAAUUGUGUUGUUGACAAUUGCAGCAGUACUGUGCAUAAAUUCGCAUUGGCGACGCAGGUGGUUUUAUUUCAUUGAAGAAUGCAUUGACACUUGCUACUGCUUUUUGGCUAUUAACUUUCCCAAGUUGUCCAGAUUUAGAAGGUGAUUGGAUCUUAUCAGGAGCGUAUGGGCUGCUUUCUGAAUUUGUUGCAAUCCUCUGUGGGGAAGCAGUCGCAUUCCAAAUCAAUGGUUGCUCACAACAUGUAUAGCAAUUUGCCUGUGAGAAGUGUUAUGUCGAAGUGUCUGGUUCUUGUUGCUUAGCCUUUCUGUUUUGACAUGACUUGUGUUUGUCCUUGUGCUUGUAUCCAUAUUUGUUUGUUUCUUUGUUAUGUCUUAAUUAUGUGGCGUUUUGGUCUUAGAUUUGGAGAAUGAGCAACCAACCAAUAUUUCUUGGCUUCUUGUGAUUUCUAUAUCCCUAAUAAUAUGGAAUUUAUUCACAA